UACAAAUACAAUGAAAAUAUCAUUCUAAGUGAGGCUUAGUAAGUGGACGAAAUAGUUACUUCAUUUGCUGUUAUCUAUAUCUACUUUCCUAGCUCUCAAAAGUCUAUGGCCCUGUGUUCACUCUGUAUUUUGGCCUGGAACGCAUGGUGGUGCUGCAUGGAUAUGAAGCAGUGAAGGAAGCCCUGAUUGAUCUUGGAGAGGAGUUUUCUGGAAGAGGCCAUUUCCCACUGGCUGAAAGAGCUAACAGAAGAUUUGGACUCGUUUUCAGCAAUGGAAAGAGAUGGAAGGAGAUCCGGCGUUUCUCCCUCAUGACGCUGCGGAAUUUUGGCAUGGGGAAGAGGAGCAUUGAGGAUCGUGUUCAAGAGGAAGCUCGCUGCCUUGUGGAGGAGUUGAGAAAAACCAAGGGUGGGUGA